AUGAAUGAGAGCAACGGCACCAAUUUAUAUUCAGCGCAAUAUCCAAAUAACUUAUCAGAAAACAGUGCUACCAAUUUAACUUCAAAUUUAUGUGAUUUUCCUCCAUCUGCCAAAAACCUCGCUAUUUCAUUGCUGUUAAUAGGAAUCUGCAUCGUCACCUUUUUCGGAAAUUUAGCCGUUUGCGUAACAGUGUAUGCUAACAGCGUUUUACACAGCACCACAAAUUUCCUUAUCGUUUCGUUGGCUUCCGCAGACCUGCUGGUUUCCCUUCUCUCUAUGCCGUUCAGAAUCUACUAUAUGCUACACAAUGAGGUCUGGUGUCUUAACUUCAACGUCUGUGCGCUCUGGAUCUGGGUUGACCUGGCUGUCUGUAGUGCGUCCAUAGGCAGCCUUGCAGCUGUUUCAAUCGAGAGGUUUAUCGCUGUCAAGUAUCCUCUUCGCUACACAGCUCUCUUGACGCGGCGGACCGGCCUUAUAAUGAUCUUGAUCGUGUGGUCUUACUCCGCCAUCUGGGCUUCUCUUGGUCACUACAACUGGACUUCUAACCGAUGGGAGACAUUCAGCACGCACAUGGGCUGCGGAAAAAACGAUCGCCUUUAUUACACGAUUGUGUCGAGCGCUGCGUUUUUCUUGCCGCUAGCAAUCGUCAUUGGAGCGUACUCGUAUCUCACUAAAGUGGCUUUUCAGCAACGUCGGCGAGUUCUCGCCAACAUGGUUGGUCCAACGGAUGAGGCCGAGAAACACCACAAGUCGCUUCGACGAUCACGUAUUUUGCACGAGCUGAAAGCAGCAAAAAUGAUGGCGUGUGUGGUUGGUGCUUUCUGCAUAAGCUGGUUGCCAUUUUUUAUUCUCUUGCAUUUAAGUCUGUGGCACAGUCUUCAAAGAAUUCCUGCAGUUGGCACCAUUUUUGUUACUAUUCUUCCUAAUCUGAACAGCUCCCUAAACCCUUUCUUGUACAUACUGUUUACAAGAGAACUCCGAGAGUACGUCUGGAAGAUGAUUAAGGCACUGCCAGGCAUCGCACAGUACCGCGCUAAUUCGAGGAAUUCCGUUGAAGGGUCAUUUCAAACUCUAAGGAUGACCAUCGCAAACACAGAUUUGCAACAAUCUGUCGAUCUAUCGACCCAAUUUACAAAGUGAAAAUUCACUGUGGCCUUAAAAAGUGUAGGCUUUUAGUUAUAAUUUUAACAAAAGGGAUGUCUUAUUUAAAUAAAUUAAGAUGAAUGAAAAAGCAUCUCCGCUUUCUAUCUGGGCGAUAAUUAGUUCUACCAGUUAGGAAUUUUUAACUAUUUCAACGUGUCUAGGGAGAAGGCAAUCCAUCGCGCACGCAAUAAUCUUUCAAGAUCGAUUUAUAAGUUGAAUGAUUGAUUGGUUUGUUGACUGAUGACGUCUUCGCUUAAUUCUCCAUAAGUUCAUGCCGUACCUUUGUAGAGCUCUUUUUAGUCGAUUGAACAAAUUAAGUUUAGAAUUACAAAUAAACCUCUUUCCGCAAACUUCACGUGGUUUUUUUUGUUUCCUUACUUCAGCCAUAAACACAGUAGGCACUUUAGAACGGUUAGCAUUAGAUAACAACUUAAAUGUCUUAAACGAGCGCGAUCACUUUUUAGGCCAGGAAUAGACGUCCUUACCUUGUAAGUUUUGUUUUCCCAAUAAAGGUCGUGUGUUAAUACUCUCAAAUUUCGUCUAAUUCACGUGGAUGACAAGAAGGCAUUAUUUCCUAAGAAGUAUAAGACAGAAAGAUUUGACUGUAUAAAUGAUCGAGUUGUACCUUGUAACUUAUUGUCUAAGAAGUUAGCUUUUUGCCGCUUAAUUUAUAUCCCGACCUUUCGGAAGUUUGUUUUCCUGUUUUAAAGAGCCUUAUACACCGACUAAUUUAUGGAAAAAGGCAAUCGCACAGUUUUUUUAAAAAAUAAUAAUUAAAAAAAAUAACUUUGAAGCGGCCUUCAAAAUGUGAAACGUCUUUCAAACAGACUCAGUUUUAAUUGCUCCAGAAGUGGAGUUCCUGGGAACGAAGCACUGUUAUUGUUUUGUUUAGCUCUAUUGGCUUUUAUUGGUUUAUCGUGCACGUUAAAAGCCAAAAAACAUUCUUGAAAUAUGUUCAGUUCCCUGUUUUUGCGGGAGGCAUUUUGUUGCGAAGAAAAAAAGGAAAGGUCAGGGCAGUUAAAAUAUAUCCUAAGAAAAAAAGUUGAAAGAAUUUACGGUAAGAGUGAUGGAUUGCCUACUUUCCUCGAAUCCGCAAAGCUUGUUAAAAAUUCAUUACUUGUACAUUAAAUGUAUCGUCAAGAUGGAAUACGAAAGUGAAAGCUCAUAUAUCUGUAAUCAUUUUGUGGCUAAACUACUCGCACCCUUGUAUUAAGUAAAAGAAUUAAUGUUUGGCUAUUGCGGUUUCGAAUAGAAUGCUGAAGUUGAACAUCUGUUUUAAUCAAAGUACUAGUUUAUACAAAAUGGAAAAGUCUCAAGUCACUUCAAAAGUAAUUUAAAAUUGCUAGUUUUCUGUUAUGGUCCUCUUCUUUGCUCAUUUUUUUAACGACUCCAGGAAAGAAUGAUUCCACAUAAAUCGCUUAUUACAGGCAAGAAAAAUAACAACCCACGGUGGCCCAGGAUCGUGACGCCAACCCCUUCUCUAUUGAAAUGACGUAAGUAGAGUUAUAGUUUCAAAUUUUCAGUCAAGGUUAACCUCCAGCAGCAGGCACGUUCACUCCGAACCUCAUCAUUUUGACUGCAGAUCUGUGUUUACCAGCUCGACUUAUUAUGGCUCAGCUGACAAAAUGUCGAACGUAAUUAUAAAAUAUACCAACGUGAAUAAGCAGCAAAGAGGACGAGAAUAACACAAAGAAUUUUUUCUAUUAAAAAAAGUUUAACACAGCCUGCGAGCAAGCUAGUUUUCUAGAACUAUAUUGCCUUUCCUUUUAUACACACUUCCAUUUUGUAUAAACAAUUAUUCGUUGUGAUGCAAAUAUAUGUACAAUAUUACCUUUAGACUGCAAUAACCAAGUCAUUAUUCUCUUCCUCUACAGCUACAGUGCAAGCAAAAAACAACCCAUCUAAUCCUUCUCAAGUGAUUCAUUUUUCUCCAGGCGAUGAUCCAAAAAUUGGACUUCACUUUGCCAACGAAAAUUUUAACUGAAAUUAAGAGGGCGAGCAUUGCAUUAAAGUUCAAAAAACAUAGCAAUCAAGAUUUGAUACUUUAAAGGUCGUUGGUCUUGUGUUUCUUAACACAGACGUUUUCGUUUUACAUUUUAACAAUAACUUUGAGCUUUUUACUAUUUGCCGCACACAAAUCAUUAGCAAAAAUUGAUAAGCCCUCAGAUCUAUCAUAAACUGAAUUACUGAAACUAGACAAAAAAAGAUAAACUGCAAUUUCGUCCUACUGUCAUCAAAAUAUGAAAUAUUCUAACCUUGCAAAAUUAAAACGCUGUUUCUGUUGCUCAGGAACAGGUGAUAAUUAAGAGAUGUCACUUCUCUUACUUAAACAUAUGUUGUAGUUAUAUGCAGUUUAAUGAAAAAAUUUGGUGAUAUAUAUUAGCACAGACAUACAUUUGAAAUCGAAAGUAAAAAAAAUAAAAAAACAAAAAAACAUAACUCUGAAUAGGAACGCCAGACCUAUCCAUCCGUCAGAGCUACAUGUAGAGCCCACAAAAUGUACUGUAACUGUGAAAAUACAAGGUUUUAUUGCUAAUCCAUUCGUGACCAAUACUAAGAAAUGCUCACAAAGCAUUUACUUCUUUCAGCAUGGAACUGUGGUAUCUGACAAUUAUUUCUGAAAUAAAAUUCUGCUCGUUUUAAAGCAUAUCUCUAUCAAGUAAGCUUAGAUUGAAAGAGCAUCAAUAGUAGACUUUUAUAUAUUUCUCAAAUUUUGAGGUAAAAAAUUGCGGUUUACAAGCACUUUAAAUUUAAGUGCACACAAUGUUUAGAAUUCAUUCCUAGACUUUUGUCAAAACGCUGUCAUACUACCCCAGGGCCGGAAAAACUUUUGUCAAUCAUAAAAAAUGUAAUAGAACCGUCAAUCAAACCAUUUUAUACGCGACUCGGGCAAGGCAAAAUUGUUCUCAGUAGCGCACUUUUCACCGGAAAAGCUUGAAUAACAGGCGAGUUGAAUUUAGGUAUUUUUAGAGAGAAUUUCCCUCCCUCUGGUUCAGAAGCGUUGUCAAAUUUUGACAUGAUUGUCAGGAAAAAGGGAACAAAGUCACACUGUAAAUCAGAUCUAGAUGCUAAAACAUGCUUCUAAGUUUCAAACCAAACCCUUGGCUGCGGCAAGAUUAAAUAAAAAGUCUUCCACUACAGCAGUAAGUUAACAUUGUUUUAAAGCUUCUAAAGUCACCCUAGCCUUUCCUCCUUCCUCGGGUUCCACCGCUAGCUUUGUGAGGUUGUUUAUAAGGUCCUUUGUCUUGACGGACAAUUCCUGAGAUGGGAAAAACGAACAUAAAGGAUCGCACCAAAUGGGUGUUACUGAGAUGUCACGCAACAAUGAAGCAUUGGAUAAAAUGAACGGGGCUUUUCAGGGAUAAUGAAAUAAAAAAAAAUUAAAUGUAACAUAACACUUCACAGCUUGAAGGAGGAAAACCAGUUGGCUACUUUACAAGCGUGGCCUGCGACUUAAACUGAGUCAAGUCUAUAACCGCCCAGCUACGUUACGUCAAACGCUACGUUUAUCAAAAUGUACUACGCCUUAGCGAACGCUAAGAUUCAAAUUUCAUCGACUCUAAGAAAGACGCCCAAUUUCGAGCCCGUUUUCAACCAUCACCAUUCAAGGGCGUGUACCAAAACCCUAAACACCAAAACAAGCCGGGACACUCGGAAAAAGCCCGAAACAGCCCAGAAAACCUGUCCAAAGGUAAAGCGAAAAGGACUAUCAGAGACACUAACCCAAAUAUGUACAAUAAAUAUGUUUUCCUUUUUGUUUUUAAUUAUUUGUUUGAGUACAUACUCCUUUCUCGGUCACCUUUAACAAAAUUGACAUAAGCCGAACCUGCACCUGCACGAUAUGCUUUCCCAAUACAAUUUUAAAUUCUGAUUUCUCAAGUCUAAAUUAAUUUUACAUCUCUGAACGUCCACUUGUAAAAUCGUCCGUUUUCAGAGAUUGCACCUUUCACUACAGCAAAGACAUGUCUUUAUAACAGGGCAUGGUCUUAUAUGAGAAUUAGUGGUUGUAUUAAUGUAGGAAAGAAAUGCUGGCGCGAGGAGUACAACAUAGAGCAAUUUCUACUUGAAUCUGGUAACACAGCGAGUUAAUCAUAACAUACAAGUUCAAAGGCGAGUAAUUUUUUUUUUAUUUUUGUGUUGUCAAGCACGACUGCACAGUGGUGGCGUGAAUUUAAAACGCUUUUGGAGAUUUUAUUACCCAGCAAGCGCGUAGAUCUAUCAACUACUGAUGAAAUAGUAAUGACAAUACUCUAUAUUGUCUGUUUGGAUCGUUCGGCCUUGAACAAAGUAAAGGUGGGGAUAUUUCAACGGUUCACCAUUGUGAGCCGUAUUCUUUAAAAGUAAACAGAACAUUUUCUUUGUAAAUGAACAGUUCACAAUGGUGCACCGUUGAGAAAUUGUCCUGUAUUAGCUAAUUCAAAAAUAACCCGUAGAUAGGGGCCGUCGUAACAUACGCCGCUUUCGAAUUAACAACAGGAUGAAAAAAAGAAUGGUGAACCGUUGGUGAACCGUUACGCGCGAUAAACUCGCGUGUCACCACAUUCAUAAUUCAAUUAACCCAUAUUAAAAUAAGUUCCAAACACAUUUUAAAAAAGAAAACACUUGAAAACUUUAAGACAUACCUUCACAGGUUUUUAGUUUUUCGGCUGUAGCUGAAGUCUACAAAAGAAUCCGAAAACAUUGUGAAAUUGGCCGAGCUGUCAUUAAUAUAAACACAGGCGAGGAUCAGGCUCCUUUUAAUUGUCACGUACUCUGAAAAGACUGAACUUUCAAUAGUCGUGCGCCAUUCCACACAUCCACCAGCACUCCUUUGGCCGACCCGUUUAUUUCAACUCAGAAGCUACUGACAUUUUGAUAUUAUAAGAAAACUUCCCUGUGAGCUUAAAAUUCCACCAUCAUGGUUUUACAUAAAGUACAUAACACACUUGCUUCUGAUCAUUUGCGAAAUGAUAGCCGCACUUUUACUGUAACAAUUGUAAUAACUACAGUAAAUUGCACCGCUUGUAAUUUGUCGCAAUUUUGAAAGUCCUCCUGCACGAUAUUAUUUCCCAAUACAAUUUUAAAUUAUGAUUUCUCAAGUCUAAAUAAAUUUUGAAUCCCUGAACGUCCACUUGUAAAAUCGUCCGUUUUCACAGAUUGCACCUUUCACUACAGCAAAGACAAUACCGGUCAUAAUUGUUGAAACGCUUGAGAGGUUUUCCUUCCCUUCCCUUUUAAUGUUGAUUUGGAAGACGUUUAUGCCCAAGUAAAAGCGUGAAAGAAACAUUGAGGGAAGGAGAGGGAAGCAAUGCUUGUAUUCAUGAGACGAAUAAGUUAAUGUCGUGUUUUCCGGAAGUGUUUCAACAAAUUAUGACCGCGAUUGCAGCUAUGUGUGUGAUAUUGACAGACGAAAAAAAUAAAGCAAAAUUGAUUGUAUCUACCCUUACAUUUUGUGGUUUCUAAAAAGCACGUUCAUGUAUCUUUGAUGACGCACUUUCGACAAGCUGUCUAAUGCGUCGCCAAACAUCGUGCGCCCAAAUUUCUCGAAUCUGACAAUGAAUGGACGUAUAGCAGUCACGUUAACUUAGAAAGGACUUGCUUCGCGACAUAGCUAGUUAGAAGAUCAAGCAAGUCACGAAAUCAUGAAUGAAAGCAAGGGCACUAAUUUAUAUUCAACGCAAUAUCCAAAUAACUUAUCAGAAAACACUGCUACCAAUUUAUCUUUCAAUUCAUGCGAUUUUCCUCCCUCUGCCAAAAACCUCGCAAUUUCGUUGCUGUUAAUCGUAAUCUGCAUCGUCACCUUCUUGGGAAAUUUGGUCGUUUGCGUAACAGUGUACGCUAACAGGGCUUUGCACAGCACCACAAAUUUCCUUAUCGUUUCGUUGGCUUCCGCAGACCUGCUGGUUUCUCUUCUUUCCAUGCCGUUCAGAAUCUACUAUAUGCUACACAAUGAGGUCUGGUGUCUUAACUUCAAAGUCUGCGCGCUCUGGAUCUGGAUUGAUCUGGCCGUCUGUAGUGCUUCUAUAGGCAGCCUUGCAGCUGUAUCAAUCGAGAGGUUUAUCGCUGUCAAGUAUCCUCUUCGCUACACAGCUAUCUUGACACGUCGGACCGGCUUUGUAAUGAUCUUGAUCGUGUGGUCUUACUCCGCCAUCUGGGCAACUCUUGGUCUCCACAACUGGACUUCCAACCAAUGGGAGACUUUCAGAACGAACAUGGGCUGCGGAAAAAACGAUCGCCUUUAUUACACGAUUGUGUCGAGCGCUGCGUUUUUCUUGCCGCUAGCAAUCGUCAUUGGAGCGUACUCGUAUCUCACUAAAGUGGCUUUUCAGCAACGUCAACGAGUUCUCGCCAACAUGGUUGGUCCAACGGAUGAGGCCGAGAAACACCACAAGUCGCUUCGACGAUCACGUAUUUUGCACGAGCUGAAAGCAGCAAAAAUGAUGGCGUGUGUGGUUGGUGCUUUCUGCAUAAGCUGGUUGCCAUUUUUUAUUCUCUUGCAUUUGAGUCUUUGGCACGGUCUUCAAAGACUUCCUUCAGUUGGCACCAUUUUUGUUACCAUUCUUCCUAAUCUGAACAGCUCGCUAAACCCUUUCUUGUACAUAACGUUUACAAGGGAACUCCGAGAGCACGUCUGGAAGAUGAUUAAGGCACUGCCACGCAUCGUAUAUUACUGCGAUGAUUAG